GUUUAACAGCCGGGGCUGGAAGUUAAGCUCGUACAAUUUUGACAAGGGGCGAGUUCAAAAACCGAACACUAGCCCCACAGGCUAGUACAAAGAAAAUGCAUGUCAGACUCCAUUUGGCUAGAGCCAAACCUUUUUAAGAUCCAUUUGUUAUAAACCUUAAGAACAUUUGCUUAACCGAGGUAAUUUCUAGACAGCGACCCGUUUGUACUGGCCUUACUGAUCAGGUCUGUUUUACAGUCCUUUUUGAUGUUUGCACAAUAACUGGGUCCUUUUGUGGGACAAGAGUGGCUGUUUGGGGACAGGGAAAAAAUCAAUGAACAGGUGAGUACAGGAUGAUUAUGGUAUUUUAAUGCUCAACAUCACCCUGAUAGCACUAUAAUUUUUGAAUAUUAAUAACACAGAGGAGACUAAGGCUGAAACACCUUAAUGCAUGAAACAGGAAGCUUUCAGUUUCUGCACUGAUUGUUCUUUGACUUGUAUAUUAAAAUAAUCAGCAUUUAACCUGCAUUAGUAUGCAGUUUAUCAAGAGUGCAGGAACCAGACUAGAGCGUAAAACUGUUUUGCCUCCAACUAAAUUGAAAUAUAUUUUUAUAAGGACUGGCUUUUUUAUUUACCAAGUGAGAAUUUAGCAGUCCAUUUCUGCAAGUUUAUACAAUGGUAAGGGAAAUUAAUGUUUUUCGGUUUAGACAUAGGCUAAUCCUGCCUGCACCACUUUCGGGGUUAAUCGUGAACACGGUUGGUUUGCUAAGGACAAUGGCGAUUACUUUCCAUGUGUCAUUUCCAAGUCACUGGCUGGCCUUUCUUCACGUCUGUACUCUAAAUGUUGUGUGUGCGUGGCACCUAAUAAAUUUAAGUAGUUCUUCUCCUCAUCCAUCUUUCCUGCUUGCAUGUCUGCUCAGUGUGAACUGUGGUGGUGCGAGUAAAGUUUUCAUCUAGGAGAGGUAGGUCCUGAGAAAGGGCCGAGCAGGUACUAUCUAUCUGGGUCCUGGAGGUGAGAGUGCUCUGUCAGUGGUUGUAUAUCAAACCCAACUCUCUUGCAGGGUCGCUGUGAUGUUUGUCCGGCUCUUCUGUUGCAGAGAAACCUCUUUGAAUUCCUGAGCAUCGUGAUCUGGAGGUGGUCCAGGGUGCUCUAUUUUGGGGACCUGGUAGUGAGUGGCUGGCUGGCUGCCCUUUUUAAAGUCAUUAUUUUAAUAAUGAGCAACGGCUGACUGGAUUGCCAGUCCAGUGUCCCAGGUUACAGACUAUGUUCUCCUGAGCUUGUCUUAGCCCUGCAGCUUCUCAGUUUUUUGCCCCAUCUACAUAUCUGUUCCGUCAUACAUGCCACCUGUUCUGUGUAUUUUAGACGCUAUUAUGGGCUUCAUACAAACUGCCCCACUUAAUUUAAUCCCCCACGUGUAAAAUUCCCCACUUGUUUUAAUCACUGGUCUUUGCAAAGCUAGGUAUCAGUCUGCUUAUGAAAGAAGAUGGUGAAGAUGAGUGUUCCAGUGCCACCUGACCGUACACAUGUCCAGCUGACCGUAAUGGGGGUGCGACUGUGGCCCACCCUCUCACACUGUGCUGUGCUUGACUGUUAGCUGUUGCAGUUUAAGGUCGAGGCCUUUAAAUAUUGAAAUCUUUCCUACAUCCGCAUAAAAUGCAGCAUUAAAAAAAAACUGCAAAAACAAGAAGGUAUACAAAGCAGGUGAAAUAUCCAGAACUGAGAACUUCAGCUUUAGGUAAAACUUAUAUCUGUGCAGUGAAGAUGACAGGGUUGCCCCACAGCGGUCAGGAGAAUCAGCAGAACUGUUACUCCUGUCCAGAAGAAUUACAGAUACCUGCUGCAGUUGCCAGCUGACGUCAAUAGGGCUGGUUUUCCCACUGCUGCUGGCUUGUCGACAACGAUUAUCAGGGACUAAAUGAACAAGCUGACAACCGACAUGACUGUAAACUCAGCCAAGAGGACGGAAAACCCUGGGGCACCCAGAGUGCCUCUUAUCUCUCUAGACAAAUGAGGACCAUCUGAUGACCCAAAGGCAGCUGCAGAUUCUGCACAGAAGGCAGCACCCGUGACGCUUUGCAUAAGUCAAACAUCUCCAUUGUUGUUUUUUUGUAGGAUUUUCAUUUGCCAUAUACUUUCACUCAUUUUAUUCACAUAGACUACAGAAUUGAGAAAUACAUUUAAGUGCCAAUCUAAAUAUGUUGAAAAUGUGAGUAGAUCUUUUUAGAAAACCCUAUACAAAGCAAUCCUUUGUAUAAAUGAAUUAGUGAAAGACCAGGAUUUCUAUAAUUAAAACCUAUUUAUAUUGAUACUCAAAUGUGUACCAUCCUGUGCAGUAAUGAGAAGACAACCACCAGAGGGCAGCAUAAUGAAAAACAACAUCGGCACCCUGCGGGGUUGGGGAACAACUCCUUCAGCACAGUAAGAAAACGUAACUGGCAGUACGAGUCAUGACGUGUCGGUAACCCUGAUGGAAACUUCACAGGAAAUAAAGACAACGGCAAACUGAACCAAACCGCAGGGCCGCAGGUCCCAGGCUGCUCUCUUCAGCACUCAGACCUCACAGCUCACAGGCUUUGAAGGAGAUACCCUGGCUUUUCUUUCUUUUUACCUUUUGCAAGCAGAUUUUUGUUAUUGUGGGAGUUUUAAGCAGAUAUUAGCUUCACAUGUAACACAUUCAUGCUUGUAUUUUAUACAUGGCCAGGGGUGAACAGGACACAGUCCAGUCAUUUCUGCCAUCAGCAGCAUGGGGAGGAUUGUCACAAAUGGACAGACUGGUCCUAUGGGUCAUGUAGUACAAUAGAUGUGAUAUGACAAGAAAUGUGCAGCAUAAUAUCUAUGGUGCAGAGAGACAUUGGUAAUCGAACGUCUAUGGUAUGGUGAGUCACAUGCACAUGUUUUCCCUUGAAUUUUUUUUUUUCCAGGGACACUGGCAGAAUCCUGCCAUUUGAAAAUAAAAAAUAAUAACAAUCAACUGCUGUAGUCCUCAGCCUCAGUUGCUAUAAUGAAAUUUUGAGACAAGUAAAGGUUGGGGUCAGCUUAUAGUGAAACAUGGGGAGCAAGUUUUAGUUUUAAAUGAUUUGCUCUUUUUAUUUAGAUUUUUAUGUGGUGAUUCAUUUGGGGAGGCACCAUGGAAGUUUGAAAUCGUUUCGACAAGUCUUAACUUGGAAUCAAAUUCCUAUGCUAAUUCAAACUAAUUUAUUUUGUGUUUUUCAAGACUACACAUUAUAUGUUUCAAUAAUAUAUGUAUUAACUUAGUUUCCAUAUUUAUUACAUUCCCUCUAACUGAAUGAUACAAUAAUCGCCAUGGUUUAAAUUAAGAGCACAUUUAAAAUACUUAAAUCCACACAAGGACAAGACGGCUGUAAUGUGCCACACCUCACUCUGCCUGUUGCACAGCGCCCUCUUGUGCUGUGGUGGUAGAAACACAGAUGCAAGACAGCCCAAUAAAACAAAAGGAAAAGAUUCGGCUUUCUCAGGUAUCACUGACACCAGAUCUGUAUCAACAAGGUAACGGUGAUAGCUUCUCUCCAGCACAGUCCAGAACAUGGUGGAUUUAGGGGAGGAGUGAUCCUGCUGAGGUAAGUGGCUUUCUGUUUGACUUACUAUUCUAACGUUUCAGAAAAACCGAUAUUCAGUUAUUGAGUUAUUCGUCUCAGGAGAGAAGCACGUGAUCAGCGGCUGCAAGUUGCAAAGCAGCUUACUGCUGAUUGCACAUUGCUGGUCUUACCACCAGGAAUUACAAAAUUUCAACUAUAAUACAACGAUGCUCUCGCUUUGGCAUGGAACAGACACCAAAACAGGACACGCAUCGCAAGUCUUCAGCGUGAACACUACGAUGUUACUGAGAGUCUUCCUGUUUAAGGGCUUGUUUAAUUAGUUAUGCUUGGCCACCUAAUUACAUUAUGAAACCCUACUGCUCCACCACUCUCACUGCACCGUCUCUCCUCCCUCACGCUUCUCCCAGCAGCAGGAUGCGGCUGGAUCUGUACCUCAGCCCCCGGUUCCAGGUGAUAUCUCAUCUCCAAGGCUCAGCACCAUGAGAUCUGCCAGCAGCACCAGUACCGGCGGGACCAGGCAGGCCAUCAACGCCGCAUCGCAGUCUAAUGCCGGCCCCCCCACUGCCGCUCACACCAACACUCAUCACCUCAGCACAGGUGCUGUCAAACCUCGGCUUUUUGUCAGCGGCCCCCCAGCUAAUCCUGUCAAGGUGUCCAGGACACACCAGGAGCUGCACAAGGAGCUUCUCCUGGCACACAAAAAGGGCCUGGUGGUCUGCAGGAGACCAGAGCUGCAGCUGGUACUGGAGCGACGGAGGAAGGAGCAGACUGAGAAGGAGGAGGGUGAGCAGAACCGGUCCCCCUUGGAGCGCGUCUUGCUUCAGAGGCAGCAGAUAAACCAAGAGAAGGAGAAGCAACUGGAGAAGACCAAAGAGGAUCCCCAGCUGCUGGAGUUUCUAAGGGUUCGAGAAAACCUCAAGAAGAUCCACUCAAGGCACAUGAACGAGCACAGUGGGAGAUAAGGCCAGACAGUGUAGAAAUCUCAGACAAAUAGACUCCUUGACGAAUAAACACAGACUCCUCUGCCAGAUGGAAAUCUAGUAUCAGUGUUUGAGUUUGUGGUCUAGAUGUGUGUGGGGACAGCCUGCUUUGUUUGCAUUUUUGGGGAAGUAGCCACAAGAAAUCGGGAUGUAUUUGGUUUCAGAUUUAAUCAUGAAAAACACCAGAACCGUCACAUACUCAUGCUGUGUAACUUUCAUAGCAUUAACGCACCUUUUCACUUGUCGACUAUAGUAAAAUUAAUAUUUAAUUUUAAGUUGUGGCAUCUACAGCUUCUCCACUGCAAUAACAUUUUUAAUGGUUUGUGAUCUGUUAAGUCAAUGGAAACGAAAUGCGAGUACUGAGUCCGUCUGAAGUUCCUGUUGUUGUUUUUUUCCAUUAAAUCCCUCCAUACUGUAUGUUUUUAAAUGCAUAAAAUUAUGAUUGUGUAAAUAUAAAACGUCAUCUUCUACCCUUUCUGUCUCACAAAACAAAACAUGGAAAAAAAAUUAAA